UCCCUCCUCCCUCCCCCCUCUCCCCUCGUACUUCUUUCUUUCUUUCUUUCCCCACCUUCCACAGCAAUCGUAAGUCCUCAGGGUUCAGACUUUGGAGAGCAGCAAUUAGUUCCUCGUUUGUUGCCAAUAAAAUGCAACGUUAGUGGCUCAUAAACCCAGCAGAGGCGCGUUUCAGCCAAUCAGCAGCCUGCAAGAGCGUCGUCCCCUGUCCCCUCCCCUUGUCCUGUCCCGUCGUUCGUCGCCGCCUUCUCGCCUUUUCUCGCUUCCUUCCUUCUUCUUUUUUAGUUAACUUUUAGUUAGUUCUCUCCACAGGCUUUGGCAAAAACUUAACAAGCUUUUGUUCCUUUUUUUUUUCUCCGUUGCAGGCUUUGCAGCAGAACAAGAACAAGAACCGCAUACAACCACUCCAACCAACAAUCAAACCAUUAUUGGUGUACGUACGGAGUACAGCGUACAUAGUAGUAUGUACUGUACAUGUACUACAUAUACAUACAUCUAUACAUGUAUAUACUACUCCCCGCUCACCCCAGGCCUAGAUAAACUUUACCCGAACCCUACAACUACCCCAGAACCUACACAGUACAGUACGCUACCCGAUACGUUACCUAGGUACUAAACUACUGAGGAUUAAGCCGUAGACAUCCAUUUACUUGGCCCACAUGGUUAGCGAUUGAGGCGAUGGAUGUAUAAACAACUUGCUAUUUCAUUUCCAUAUUCCUCACCAACCCAUCGCUUCUUCCCACUUUUGACUGAUCGAACAAAGCGCCGUUCUGUCUCUCUCUCCUUUCUCCUCUCUCCUCUCUCUUUCUUAAGCUGUCAUCUCUCCCCAUCCAUCUCUCACCUACGCUUUCGCCACAACAAUAACAAGAACAACACUACCAACCACUACCAACCACUACCAACCACUACCAACCACCAGGCAAAGUAACCAUCAAACGAUCCGGGAAAGGAAAGGAGGGCUAUAUACACAAGCCAUGGUCUACGUCCGCCAACAUAACCUCGCCGCCCUGCGCGAGUACAGGUACUCCGGCGUCGACAAGUCUCUUGUUUCUCGCUAUAUCUUGAAACCCUUCUAUACACAUGUCGCCAUUAAGUGUUUUCCUAUGUCUAUGGCACCAAAUGCUAUCACACUAACAGGCUUCUGUUUCGUCGUCAUCAAUUUCCUGACUCUGCUCUGGUAUAACCCUACCCUAGAUCAGGAUUGUCCGCCAUGGGUCUAUCUGAGUUGGGCGGUAGGAUUGUUCCUGUACCAAACGUUUGAUGCAGUUGAUGGGGCUCAGGCACGGAGAACUAGGCAGAGUGGACCUCUUGGUGAGCUUUUUGAUCAUGGAGUCGAUGCGUGCAACACCGCCCUGGAAGUCCUCAUCUUUGCCGGCGCAACAAACCUGGGCCAGUCAUGGCUAACUGUAUUGACUCUAUUUGCCUCCGCCCUAACCUUCUACGUCCAAACUUGGGACGAAUACUACACCCAGACGCUAACCCUAGGUAUAAUCUCCGGGCCCGUCGAGGGAAUCUUAACUCUCUGUGCUGUCUACGCAACAACAGCCAUAAAAGGCGGCGCCAGCUUUUGGCACAAACCCAUGCUGGCAACCCUAGGCGUCCCAGCCUCAGUUUUAUCCAUCCUACCCGCAUCCGUGUCCAACCUUCCCUUUACCUCCUGGUACAUCAUCUACGGCGCUGUCGUCUUGCUCUUCAGCACCUUCACCAGCAUCUUAAACGUAAUGCAUAUCCGCCGCCAGCGGAAUCUAAACGUCUAUAAACCCCUCCUGGGCCUAUUGCCCGCUGUUGCGACGUGGUUGCUGGUUACUGUAUACUUGCAUCUGCGGCCCUUGGUCCGGGAGAGACAUCUCGUCCCCUUCGCGAUGUACGUGGGGCUCAUCAAUGCGUAUUCGGUUGGGCAGAUGAUUAUUGCGCAUUUGGUGAAGAGAGGGUUUCCGUAUUGGAAUGUUUUGCUGUUGCCGUUGGUGGUCGGGGUUGUGGAUGGGGUGUGUGGGUCGCAGGAUUACUUGGGCUUGUGGGAAGGGAGUUUGUUGUUUGGCAGCGGGAAGGAUGGGGAGGUGUAUCAGGUUGCGUUCGUGUUUUGUUCGUUGGGGCUGGCGGUGGGGGUUUAUGGGAGUUUCGUGUUCGAUGUCAUCACCACUAUCUGCGAUUACCUUGAUAUCUGGUGUCUGACUAUCAAGCACCCAUACGUCGAGGGUGCGGCGACAGAGCCCGCGAAAGUAAUCAAGACGAAGGUUGUCGAUACGAAUAAUACCCACUCCGCUGCGAAAUCGAAAGUUAACUAAGACAAUGAAACGCGGGAAACACGGGCGUUGAAGAGCUUGCGUGUGCGCGUCGCUGAUCCAGAUAUUGUUGAUAUGGAUCCCUUUGGCGGCGAAAAUAUUUUACUUGAGAGGAGUUCUUCGUGAUAAGAUAGGAAGGAAAGGGCGAUUGGCUAGAAAGAGAUGGUGGAAGAGUUUUACAUCAUUCAGGUGAGGGGGAAAAAAUGUUGGUUGUUGAUGAGGGUGUCAGUAAGUUGAACUAAUGGGUAAGUUUUAUAUCUGGGGCGGCGAUUUUAUGGUUUGAAACCAUGUCCCUCUGCUUUCUUGAUGUAUUAGUUUUCUCUUCUGUUUUCUCUGCCAGUGCUUCCUUGUUACUCGGUAUAUGCAUGCAUGUUUGUUUCAACUUGGUUUUCAACCUUUUUUAUGUUGUAUACCCUGAUUAUAUACAUCACCACUUCCAACGCACGCCCCUUUCUUCCCCCUUCUUCAAGCAUCACUGGGUUUGCUGGGUUUGUAUGUUAUGUAUGUUACUUUAGCUUGUACACAUUUAUAGAAUGGGGCGGGACGGGAUGGAAUGGAAUGGGAUGUAUUAACACUGUUAACUAUUUAUCAUUUCAGGGGGUGUUACGUUGCAUUCUCUGUUUCCUUUCCCUUACCUUUUUUUCUUUUCUUUUCUUUUCUUUUCUUUUCUUUUCUUUUUGU